AUGCCCUCCCUAUGGGACUAUCUGCACUUCAACCGGCAGUACUCGAACAAGCGGAAUUUAGAGGAAGGCCUCUUUCAAAUCGCUUCACAGACAUGCAACAUAUUAGUUAAGGUUAAUAACACGAAUAAUAUAAAUUUGACGAGAAACGAUCGCAGCGACGAGUACGGAUGCGCCGGGCCCCCCAAAGGGAAGAGUUCGAUGCAGAUCUGCGUUCCGAAAUUCAGGAAGAACUCCAUCACUUCUGGGUGCAAUCCAGGGUUAUCGACUGUCCUAGAGUCGGGGAGUGUGGGGAACGCGUCAUCCUCUGAUGAAGAGCUGGAGCAGUGGGAGCAAAUAUUCAUGAUGAGAGAUGAAAAUGGAAAUAGUUACAAUGACAAGAGGAAGAAACGUAGUAUAUGGUGUCGUCCUUCAUGCAUUCCUGUUUCAAUUGUGAUAUUGUUGAUAGUUCUUGUUGUGUUGGUGCCACUGUUAGAUCAGCCUAAUGUUGCCCAUGUCUCAUCAGCCGCAGCUCCCAUCACUGUGCAUUGCUCGGAUGAGUGCAGAAUGUCUCUAGUAGAGAGUAUUCCCGAAGGGCAUAUGUAUCCAGCAAAUAUGACGCAUACUCCUACAAAAAAUGUUUGGUUAGAUUUAAUAGAUGAAGCUCAAAAGUCUAUAGAAAUAGCAUCUUUUUAUUGGUCUCUUAGAUUUAAUGAAUUUUAUCCCUAUAACUCCUCUAUAGAGGGAGAGCAAGUGUUCCAAGCACUCUACGCUGCCGGGUCAAAGAGGAGGAUUAAUUUGAAAAUUGCUCAAAACUGGCCUUCAAAAGACUACCCUAAUAUAGAUACAGAGUAUUUGCUUAAGAAGAAAGCGGCACAGGUCAGGAGUUUGAACUUCUCGAAACUUCUGGGCGGCGGGGUGCUGCACACGAAGUUCUGGAUAAUAGACCGCACCCAUUUCUACAUCGGGAGCGCCAAUAUGGACUGGCGUUCGCUAACCCAGGUGAAGGAGCUUGGAAUCGUCGCUUACAACUGUUCCUGUAUGGCGACGGACUUGGCGAAAGUUUUCGAUGUGUACUGGGAGCUGGGUGCCCCCGAUGCCGUGGUGCCAGACAGCUGGCCGGCCUCCCUUGCCACGGAUAUAAACAUCCACCACCCGGCCAACAUCAGCGACGGCAUCGGCAGCUACGGCGCCUUCAUCACGAGUUCUCCACCACCAUUUAGUCCGGCUGGAAGGACUAACGACGACGAGGCCAUAGUGUCGAUAAUUGAGUCCGCCGAGGAGUUUAUCUACAUCUCCGUCAUGGACUACAUCCCAGCAAUUAUCUACACCCAUAAAUUGAAGUUCUGGCCGAAAAUCGACGACGCACUGCGUGCCGCCGCCAUAGAGCACCGCGUUAAGAUCAAACUGCUGAUUAGCUGGUGGAAGUACUCGCCCACCGAAGAGGACUACUUCCUUCGCUCGCUCGCAGCGCUCUCGCAGUCUUACCCCGGCGUGGACAUACAAGUUAGGCGCUUCGUGGUGCCGUCGACGCCGGAGCAGGAGAGGAUCCCGCACGCGCGCGUCAACCACAACAAGUACAUGGUGACCGAGCGGUGCGCGCUCGUCGGCACGUCCAACUGGUCGGGCGACUACUUCACGGACACGGCGGGCGCGGCGCUGGUCGCUGCAGCGGCCCGAGGCGGCGAGUGCGGCCAACGCGAGCCGCGACCUCCGCUCCGACCUGCAGCGGCUCUUCGAGAGGGACUGGAGCUCGCCGUACGCGGUGCCGCUGCGCCGCUUAUAGCGCGGCGACGGCUCUGUCGCUGUCCGCUUUAUCGGCGGCGGCUUUGUUGCGACGGGGUCGUCGCUGUUCACUUUGUCGGCGUCGACUUUGCUGCUAUGCGGUGGUCGCUAUACACUUUCCCGGCAAUGACUUUGUUGCGAAAGGGUUGUCGAUCUCCACUUUAU